AUGACGGAGAUUAUUCAAAAUCCCAACGUAAUGAAAAGGGUUCAAGAAGAAUUAGCUCAAGUCGUAGGAAUGGAUAACAUCGUUGAAGAAUCUCAUGUCGCCAAGCUAAAGUACCUGGACGCAACGGUUAAGGAAACAUUGCGGUUGCACCCUGCAGGCCUGUUUCUAGUCCCACGAACGCCAAGCCAGGAUUGCGUGCUAGGUGGAUACACUGUUCCCAAGGGCUGCACUGUUUUGGUGAAUGCGUGGAAGAUCCAACGGGAUCCUCAGUACUGGGAUAACCCGUUGGAAUUCAAUCCCGACAGGUUCUUGACAGGUGAUCUGGCAAACAACAAGGGGGAUUACUAUGGAUGCAAUAUGAACUUCUUGCCGUUUGGAUCUGGGAAAAGAGUGUGUCCAGCUAUUCCGUUGGCUAAAAGAUUGCAAAUGUACUUGUUGGCUUCCCUUUUGCACUCUUUUGAUUGGAGCUUUCCGGGGGGUGAAAAACCGGACCUGUCUGAAAAAUGGGACCUUGGAAGAAAGAAACUGAAACCACUCAUGGUUAUCCCUUCUCAAAGGUUGUCAAGCAUCAGCCUCUAUAUGUGA